CAAAUUACCAACAACUGAACAACCAAACGUCCAAAAAUCAAUUUCAGGAGCUUCUUCCUUUUUCUCUCUCCUCUUCAAAAAUGGCUCCCACCUUCAUCUUCCCCCCAAAUCUCCAUUCCCUCGAACAAGAAAACGACGACAAUCAUCUCUUUGCUCAAAACCCUACCAACAUCACCUCCUUUACUUCUUCCGACCUCGAAGAAUUCGUCAAAGGUCUUUCAUUCGACCUGUCAGAUAAGGAACUCUUCUGCAUUGAAAAUCAAGAUGUUUUUGAUCGAGUUUAUUCAUUGGUGAAGUGUUUUUCAUCUCUUACGCCUCCUUGUAAGUUGAACUUUGUUGAAAGUCUUCGAUCGAAUUUCAGUGUUCUUCUUCCGAAUAUCGAUUCGCUUUCUAGACUGUCACAUUCACCCCAGAAUGAUGAUGAUGGUGGUGGUGGUGGUGGUGAGGAUGGUUCUGUGUCGGUGCUUGAACGAGUUGCUUCACAUCGCAAUGCUUUUAAAAUCUAUACUUUCUUCCUUGUACAUAUCAUUCUUGCGGAGGAGUCUAGUAAUACGUCUACCAAUACCUCCAAAACGGCAGCUAGCAGCCGGAAGAAAUUGCCAAUAAAUUCCUGGAAGUGGGAAGGACAGCGAGGGAGGAUACUAACCUUGAUCGCUAAUUCACUUGAGGUCAACCUAUCAUUGCUCUUUGGAUCCUCAGACACUGAUGAGAAUUACCUUUCUUUCAUUACAAAGAAUGCCUUUCUCAUGUUUGAGAAUCCUAUACUGCUAAAGGAUUCUGAUGUAAAAGAUGCUUUAUGUCGUAUAAUUGGGAGCUGUGCUACUAAGUAUCACUACUUGGCACAAACAUCUGCUUCAAUCAUUCAUUUGCUCCACAAGUAUGAUUUUGUUGUCAUUGCCAUGGCUGAUGCCGUGGCAGGAGCUGAGAAAAAGUACGCUGAUGGGAGCUUAGCGACCUCUAUUAUCAGAGAAAUUGGAAGAACAAACCCAAAGGAUUAUGUCAAGGAUACAGCGGGUGCAGAUAAUAUAGGGCGCUUUCUUGUUGAGCUCUCAGAGAGGCUGCCAAAAUUGAUCUCGACAAACAUUGGCAUUCUAGUCCCACAUUUUGGUGGAGAAUCUUAUAAGAUCAGGAAUGCACUUGUGGGGUUGCUAGGAAAGUUGGUGUCUAAAGCUUUUAAAGACGAAGAAUGUGAGGUGAGCUCGAAGUCAGUUCGGCUCCGAACUAAGCAGGCUAUGCUAGAAAUUUUACUGGAACGUUGUCGUGAUGUUUCAGCUUAUACGAGAAGCAGGGUGCUUCAAGUUUGGUCUGAACUCUGUGAAGAACAUUCUGUUCCAAUAGGUCUGUGGAACGAAGUGGCCGCACUGGCAGCAGGGAGGUUAGAAGACAAGAGUGCAAUUGUGAGAAAAUCUGCUCUGAAUCUUCUUAUUGUAAUGCUGCAGCAUAAUCCAUUUGGGCCUCAACUUCGCAUAUCGUCUUUUGAAGCGACACUGGACAAAUACAGGAAGAAGUUAAGUGCUCUUCAGCCAGAGGUGCAUACAGGGAAUGAAGUAGAUGGAGCGUCAUCUGAUAUAGACAACUGUAACGGGGAUGGUGAUGUUGAUCACGUCAACAGUGAAGCUAGAUCUGAUGAGCAGCCUAAUAGUUUAACUGAUAGCUAUUUGUCCCAGGUGGAAGAAGACACUGUUUUGAAAGAUAAUUCUGUUCCUGAUGUUGGAAACCUGGAGCAGACCAGGGCUCUGGUUGCUUCCCUUGAGGCUGGCCUGAGCUUUUCCAAGUGUAUAUCAGCUACAAUGCCAACCCUUGUUCAACUGAUGGCUUCGUCUUCUGCUACAGACGUGGAGAACACUAUACUUCUGCUCAUGAGGUGUAGACAGUUUCAAAUUGAAGAAUCAGAUGCAUGCCUACGGAAGAUGUUGCCUCUGGUUUUUUCUCAGGACAAAUCAAUAUAUGAGGCAGUGGAAAAUGCAUUCGUCACCAUAUAUAUUACAAAGAACCCACUGGAAUCUGCUAAGAAUCUUUUGAAUCUUGCAGUAGAUUCAAAUAUUGGAGAUCUUGCAGCUUUGGAGUCCAUAAUUGGUGCUUUAGUGCUCAAAGGGGAUAUAUCUCCUGGCACGAUUUCAGCUCUGUGGGACUUCUUUUGCUUUAAUUUACCAAGAACUACAGCGGAGCAGUGCCGUGGUGCCUUAAUUGUUAUUUGUAUGGCUGCAAAGUCAUCAAGUGAAAUUCUAGGUUCUCACUUACAGGACAUUAUUGAUAUUGGAUUUGGGCGAUGGGCAAAGGUUGAUCCCUUGCUAGCAAGAACAGCAUGUACUGCUCUCCAGAGGUUAUCUGAAGAUGACAGAAAAAAGCUUCUGGCAAAUAGUGGGAGUCGUAUGUUUGCCACGCUAGAGAGUCUAAUUACUGGUUCUUGGCUGCCAGAAAACAUCUGGUACAAUGCUGCUGAUAAGGCUAUAGGUGCAAUUUAUACACUUCAUCCAGCCCCAGAAAUUAUUGCUGCCAGGGUGGUGAAGAAAUCCCAUACUUUUGUAUUCAAUCUUGGUGAAUCUGGUCCUUUGUCAAAUGACAUGGAGAAUGGGACUGCUCAUGGCUCUACCACAGUUGAAGCUGGAAAACUUAGUAGAUACUUGUUUGUUAUAAGCCAUGUUGCCAUGCAUCAAUUAGUGUACAUUGAAUCUUGUGUUAGAAAGAUACAGAAAGAGAAAGCAAAGAAGGAGAGACAGAGUGCUGAUGGUAGCGGUUCAACUCUUGAAGCUACAAAGGACAGUGGUAUAAAUGCUGAACUAGGUGUUGCUGCCUCUGAAGAUGCAAUACUUGAUUCACUAGCUGACAAGGCAGAGAGAGAAAUUCUAUCUGGUGGUUCAGAUGAAAAGAAUUUGCUGGGAUUUUGUGCACCUUUUCUGUCUAAGCUCUGCAGAAACUUUAAUUUGAUGCAGAAGAAUCCAGAACUGCAAGCAGCUGCUAUGCUUGCUCUGUGUCGUUUUAUGGUUGUCGAUGCAGCUUUUUGUGAAGCAAAUCUCCAGUUACUGUUCACAGUUGUGGAGAGUGCAUCAUCAGAAACUGUUCGAUCAAAUUGCACAAUAGCUCUUGGAGAUCUGGCAAUCCGUUUUCCUAAUUUGGUUGAACCUUGGACUGAGCACAUGUAUGCCAGGUUACGUGAUCCUUCAGUUUCCGUUAGGAAAAAUGCUGUGCUGGUCCUUUCACAUCUUAUCUUGAAUGAGAUGAUGAAGGUCAAAGGUUACAUAUAUGAGAUGGCUAUGAGAUUGGAGGAUGAAGAUGACAGAAUUGCAAACUUGGCAAAACUCUUUUUUACUGAAUUAGCAAAGAAAGGAUCAAAUCCAAUAUACAAUCUACUUCCUGAUAUUCUUGGCAAGCUUUCCAAACAAAAUUUGGAGAAGGAAUCAUUCUGCAACAUUAUGCAAUUCUUAAUUGGUUCCAUCAAAAAGGAUAAACAAAUGGAAGGCUUAGUCGAGAAGCUUUGCAACCGGUUUAACGGGGUUACAGAUAGCAGUCAUUGGCAAUGCCUUGCUUAUUGCCUUUCUCAGUUGGCCUUCACUGAUAAAGGAAUGAAAAAGCUUAUAGAGUCAUUUAAGACAUAUGAACAUGCUUUAUGUGAGGAUUCUGUGAUGGACCAUUUCAGAAAUAUAAUAAACAAGGGCAAGAAGUUUGCAAAACCAGAACUGAAAUCAUCUAUUGAAGAGUUCGAGGAAAAGCUCAACAAGUUUCAUUUGGAGAAAAAGGAGCAGGAGGUUACAGCACGAAAUGCACAAGCCCACAAAAACAGAAUCGAAAGCUUAGAAAGUGUAAUGGUUGGUGGCAAGACCAAACUAGAAAAUGAAGAAACUUUCAUUACUGAAGAUGUAGCAGAUGGCGAGGUUAUGGACCCUUCUGCAACAACAUGCUCAAACGACAUUGCAAAUACAAAUGCAAAUGCUGAUGAAGAAGAUCAUUCCACUAUUACUAGUGAAGGAACACAUACAGAGGCUGGUGGUGAAGAAGUUCUAUCACCAAUAGUUAAUCAAAGAGAUAUGACUACUUCUAAAUCCCGAAAGUCGAAGCAGAAAACUCAGAAGGUUGUAAGCAGUGCAACAGUUAGGACUAGGAGUACAAGGUCAAAGCAAAGGUGAGAGAGGAGAAGAUUUAUUUGGUUCCUUGUCGAAGUGAAUAUUGUUUUGGAAACCUCUUUUUAGUUAGUAAAAGGAAGAGGGCCUGCUAAGUGCUAAAAAUCAUCAAUAGGCUGUUGACUUGCAUUUUAGUGUGAAUAGGUCAUUUAGCAAAUAAUAGUGUAUCAAUCUUUCAAGGUUGGAGAUCUCCUCCACUUUUAUAAAAAAAAAGGUGGGAAAUAGAGAACUAUAUUGCGAAGAGAGAAAUAGUUUGUUGUAGUUAUGUAUAUGUAUUUUGAAUGAUGAAUGUAACCCAAAUAUGGAAUUUGAAUUUGGAAAAGAGGACAUUUUAUUUCGCCCUUGUGA